AUGGCUGAACUGGAGGAGUCACAGGGAGACAACGACAUACGAAGGUGCCGGACUCCCAUCAAGAAGAAGGAGAGAGUGGAGAGGAAGAUCGUGACCCCUGAACCCGAAGCCACACCCACUGAUGAGCUGUUGCCCCCGCCCCCUUCUCACUGUUUGGGCAAGAGGGGAUCUAUUGUCUACUCCGAUGAGGACGGUAGGGAAGAGGAGGAGGAAGAGGGUUCAGGCAAUUCAGACACCUCCUCAGACAUCUCCGUGUCCGCGCUGCCCCCUGACCUCCCGGAAGUAGAACUGGAGAGACACCGGAAGCGACGACAGCGCCAUAAACACGCCAUGGAGUUUGACCCCAACGCUAGUGGGCCCAGGAAGGGGCCGAAAAAGCGAGACCCAGCCUACGAGGAAGAACAGAGACGUCUCCGACUGGCCGAGCAAAGACGCCAGAGACAGCAAGCCUUGUACAAAAAACUCCGGUCUCGUAGGGCGGCCGUACCCAGGGUAGAUUCUGACCUCAGCUCGGAGAGUAGGACUAGUUUUGAUGAUUACGAUUUCCUGGCCAAAUAUUGCAUCUUCCCUCAAGGCAGUCUGGAUAUGUACAGACAGGCUUUUGAAGCCGUUGAUGACGAGCAGCGAGGCUGGCUAGACGAGGAGGAGACGGCCAUUGCUCUCAGGGGAGUUAAUAACCGACUGUCAGGGGCAGAGGAGAAGUUCCUCUUCCGG